GCCCGUGUCCCCGCCCGGGGCUCGAGCGCAUUCCCAGCAUGGCUGAGCUAGGGGCAGGGACGGGGUCCAAGCCUGCUGCGUUCGACAGACUCGUUUUCAAGAACGCUUCUGAGCACCACUACGUGAAGCUUCGUUUAGAGUUUCAAGAAGGUGGAAUUAGAUUGAAUGCUGCUCAUUUCAAGCAACUGAUCCUUUCCGCACUGAAGGAGUUACAUGGGGAGGUUGGUGCAGCCUUGCCUGUUGAUGUCUUAACAUAUGAGGAAAAAACCCUGUCUGCAAUACUAAGAGUUCCCAGCAGUGGCCUUGUCAAGCUGUGGAGUGCUCUAACACUGCUGGGCUCCUACCAGAACAGGAAGUGUGCUUUCAGAGUGAUACAGACCUCUCCAUUUCUCCUUGCGUUAUCUGGGAACAGCAGAGAACUCCUACUGGAUUGAAUACACUGGAGACGUGGUU